CGGACCGGUCAUUCCGACCUUCUUGUUCAUCAUGUCUGACGAGGAGCUCACCGUCGUCGCAUCCGCCGCUCUGCAGCAUCUGCUGAGCAAAGGCUCUAUCACAACGCCGAUAUCUUCCAUUGACCUCCUUGUUCGCGUUAUCACCUACAAGCCACCCCAAAGCCUCAUCGUAAACAAGCCCAAGGCGCCCAGGUUCCGCCUCACCGACUUGACACGUUUCGAAGCAAUCUUGGAGUCGCUCUCUCAGUCAUGGGAUCAGGGAAGCAUUACAUUCACCAAAGAGAAUGGCGAAUUCAAUAUCCUGGACUUGAGGCUAGCGUCGUCUUCGUCAAAUGUUGUAUCCACCCUCCCACACAAGCGUAAGCGGGUGAUAGACGAAGAAGCGGAUUCUGCAGCUGGUGAUGAUGAGUCUGAGGAUUCUUCGUCUGAAGACGCGGUGAACAGGCCUUCCUCUGCACUUGCCAGUCUCAGCAAGGAACAGCGCCAGGUGUUUGCCAUCAUACAGAAGAGUACCGCCAAGGGACGUCUACUGGCAGAACAGUUCCGGUCCGUUGAAGAAAGUUUCGAGCCUAUAUGUCCUCAUAUCACGAAGGACGACUGCGCCAAGGCGCGUCGAAAUGAUCCAUCGAUACCCUUCAACCCAGAUGUCCCUGUCGGUAUCUGUGAUCUUAUCCAUUUCCGACCUCUCAUUCGCCCGCACACCGACCCUUCUCUUGGACAUUGCUCAUAUCUUAAUACAUGCUAUUCUGAGCCGACAUAUGCACAGUCACCGUCAAUACCGCCGUUUCCCGGUUCUCAACACGGCUUCACACCCGGCAUGCGCGGUCCGGCGUCUCUACCGUCAGGCCUUGGUGCCGGUGGAAGGGGCAAGGAAAAGGCUCCGUGCAGGUAUCUACAUUACGAGGUUGACUGGGACGCCACCGAUGGCGACGGUUCUGACCGUAGAGAAAAGGCAGUGGUGAGGAAUACGCAUAAAAUAGGAAUAGGGCUGGGACCUACCGGGAAGGUGGCAAAAUUUGCACCACCCCAAUGGAUCAACUGUGAUCUGCGCCGCUUCGACUACAGCGUGCUUGGAAAGUUUCAUGUAAUUAUGGCAGAUCCUCCUUGGGAUAUUCACAUGAGCUUGCCCUACGGAACAAUGACCGACGAUGAGAUGCGAGCUAUGCCCAUACCAGCACUCCAAGAUGAAGGACUUCUGUUUUUAUGGGUGACUGGCCGUGCGAUGGAGGUGGGCCGAGAAUGUAUGCGAGUCUGGGGUUACACCCGUGUUGACGAAGUAGUUUGGGUAAAAACCAACCAGCUGCAACGCGUCAUCCGCACAGGACGAACAGGGCACUGGCUCAACCAUACGAAAGAACAUAUGCUCGUCGGUGUCAAAACCGUGACAGAUGAAAAUGGAGCGUUGAAAUUCCCGUCUUGGGUGAACCGUGGUUUGGAUACUGAUGUUAUCGUGUCUGAGGUGAGAGAGACGAGUAGGAAGCCUGAUGAAGCAUACGGGAUUAUCGAAAGAAUGUGCCCUGGGGGGAGAAAGGUUGAGAUCUUUGGGAGGAAACAUAAUACGCGUCCUGGGUGGCUGACAUUGGGAAACCAGUUGGGACCUGAUCAAAUCUAUGAAGAGGAUCUUGCUGCCAGAAUAAAGGCCAAGUAUCCGGAUCGUCCUAUCAACAUUGUGAAUGCUUGAACAUCGAUGUGUAGAUUGAAAAUAUUCUUCCUUACUCGCUGCGGACUGUUUACACAUUAUAUUAUUGAUAUUCAGGGCGUGAAUACAUCUUUGGUAGCAGCGUUUCAGCCUUUUCAUCCAGAGAGCUCACUUUUGAAACUUGCUCCUU